CAGCGCUUUUCAUAAAAGCGCUGUCUAAGGCCUUAUUUACCAAAUUUUUUUUUUAGUAAAUUAUAAUAUAUGAAUUCAUUCAGUACGUUAAGACCCAUUUUGUUUCCCUCGCUCCCACAACCUUCUUCUCACUGCGUUCAUACUCGUUGCGUUCAUCAUCACUGCUUCUCCCAAAACCUCCAUUCUUGAUUCCUGCGUUCAUCACUCACUUCGUUCAUCACCGUUUACAUUUUUGUAAGUGCAUUUUCUGUUCGUUUCAUCUUUCUUUAUUUAGGGCAGUUUAUUAGUGAUAAAGGUUUGCUUCUGGGUUGAUUCUUUUGUGGUUCAUGUGUUAGGGCAGUUGAUUCUCUUGUGUUAGGGCAGUUGAUUCUUUUGUGUGUUAGGGCAGUUGAUUCUUUUGUGGUAUGUUAACAAAUGUAUAUAUUUUUGAUAUUAAUCACCAUGUCAAAGGGAGAUGGUUUGUGUUUGCUUCCAUUAGGUUUCUAUUAUACUGAUGAUGAAUUGUAGCAAGUGUUAAAUGUGAUUGUUAGCAUUGGCGUGUAAGUUGGAUAGGAUUAGAUAGAACUGUUAAAGGGAGAUGGUGUUAGUGUUAAUGAAAUAGUUAAUUAGUGUGGUUAGUGUUAGAAUGAAAAACUGAAAUGCAAGUUUAGAAAAUGCAGGUCAGCUGUUAGACAGUUAAAGAAAGGCUAGCUUGUUAGAAUGGGAAUGAUGUGAGUCAAAGUUAAUUGAAUGGAACUGCAUUGACUUGGCUUGUGAUUUUACCUUGUUGAAUUGUUUUUUUUCUGAUGCCAUGAAACUGAACUGAUUAAACUUGAAUUAUGUUGGACUGCUGAACUAUAUUGCACAUUUGAACUACACUUGUUAUUUGCUUGAAUGUGUUGGACUGGUUUGGAAAAUAUUUUGCUAAGUUGGAUUGGUAUUAAAUUGGUUUUUGACAAUGCUGAACUAGUUUUGGAUUGACAUAUUACCCUACUUGAAUUGCUUGUACUUUAGUUGAUUACUUUACUGACUGAUUGAUACAUUGCUUGAUCUGUUUAAUGUCUAAUAAGCUGUUGUUUAUUUUAUAGGGUGUUCAUUUCCUUAGGACUCAAUUGAGGACUAUUGCUAACAAGCUUUGUUGACAUCCACAAUUAAAAGAUGGCUAGUAACGAGGAUCACCCACAUGGUGAUGAGACCGUUGGUGGUGCGGAAAGGGAAAUUAAACGUGGAAUAAUGGUUAUGAAGAAAGUUAUUCGAGAUAGAGAUCGAGGCGUUUUAAUAAAAGUGCAUUGGAACGAAGGUGGACAACUAAUUGAGCCUAACGGUUCAACAUUGACAAGUUUUAUUGGUGCAUUGGUAAGGAAUGAAGUUCCAAUUACUUGUGAUAAUUGGAGAAAUAAACAAUUGAACGAAGCUAAAGACAAAAUAUGGAGUGAGAUAAAGAGGUGUUUCGACAUCGAAGAAAACAGAAGAGAUCAUUGUCUCAAAUUGGCCGGAAAGUUACUAAGAGGGUUUAGAACCUUUUUAUCAACCACCUUUCUUAGGGAUACGGAAGGUACUUUUGUUGAUGCAGAGCUUCCAUCUAAAUAUGCAAGUUUGAUUUCACCUAAAGAAUGGGAAACGUUUAAAUCCAAACGAAAAACCCAAGAAUUUAAGAGUGUAAGUGAAACAAACCGGCAAAGAGCAUCAAGUCCGGCGUAUCCCUAUAGAAAAGGGCGUGUUGGAUAUGGACGCUUAGAGCAGUCUAUAUUAACAAAGGAGAAUAGUUCUGAAACAUCUCUUCCGGCACAUGUUUUGUGGAAGGAAGCCCGUGUCGGUAAGGAUGGAAAGAUUAAAGAAGACGUUCAACAAAUAUUUGAGAAAUGUGAGACUCUAUCUCAAUCUAUAGUUCCAUAUGAAGACACUGAUUGCAGGAGCAUACUGAGUCGAGCAUUAGAUGUUCCCGAGUAUUCUGGUCGGGUGAGGGGCAAGGGAUUUGGGAUCACUCAAAAAUCCUUGAAUAUUAAAAAACAAAAGACUCCUAGCAAUAAAGAACUGCAGCAAACUUUGGAAGCUUUAAAAGCUGAAGUUCUUGAAUUAAGAAAGGAAAGAGAAAGAGAUCGAGCAGCGGGUUUUAAAGAUACUAGUGACAAAGAUAGUAUCAAUUGUAAUUUUCAACCGACUAUUCCAGAGGGCAUUUCACCUUGUCACCUCUACUUAGCGAGACCGACUUAUCGGAUGGUUGGCAAGGGGAAAGUUCAUAACAAUUUGGGUGAAUUACUUCACACUAAACCGCUCCCUACUGGAUCUUUGAAAGUCUCGGUUGAUAUUGCUUUGGAGAAGGAUGCGUUAUUACCACAUCCUGACGAUGUUUCGGAUGCAACUUUAUUGGGAGAUGCCAUAGGUUCAUUUGUUGCAUGGCCGACAGACCUCAUUAUCGUAGGAUAUGAGACUCCCACAAAAUCCAAAGCAAAAGAUAAGGGGAUUGCGCGGGAAAUCGAGUCAGUUGCAUCGCAAAAAGAGAUUCCUGUUGCUAAGAAGACUGAAAUUUCCAAGAGGACCGGGGCUAAAAAGAAAAAUCCUUCCAAGUAUAGAGCGUGCCUCCAUACAUAUUUAGAAACGACAGAUAUUUCGGAUGGAUGUGUUCGUUUAAUACCUAUGGAUGGAGCUAUUUUUGGUUUUGAGUAUGCCGAGCCAUUGGGUAAAGAGGAUUUUGAUCAAAUUUUGUAUCAUACGCAAUUAAGCGUUGGUGUUAUCAACACAUACAUGAGGUAUUUAUAUGACAAAUUGAUGGGUCCGCGUGGGUUGGAGCAAAGAUUCUCAUUCUUAAAUCCCAUGAAAACGAACUUAACCGAAAUGAUAAGAAAACCAGAUGAAGUCAGGACGUAUGUAGUCGAGCGCUUUAUGGCCGACACAGAUAGAGAAAAGUUGUUCUUUUUACCGUUUAAUACCGGCGACGGUGGACAUUGGUUGUUGGUCGCGAUAAAUCCUUUUAAAGAAAUUGUGUAUUAUUUGGAUUCUUUACACAAUGAUUGGACAACAUACCCUGCUAUGAAGACGAUAGUUGACACCAUUAUACAAACUGUUCGAGCACAAAGAAAAAUUCAAGUACCAAAGAGAAAAGCCAAUAACAUUACAUGGAAUAGAGUGGAGUGUCCUCGACAGCGUAAUAAUAUAGAUUGUGGAUAUUACACGUUGAGGUUUAUGAAAGAAACUCUUCUUAUGGAUCGAACAGAUAUUCCAUCUGAUUACUUUGAUGAAUAUAGAUGUGCUUAUUACUCAAAAGAUCAGUUGGAUGAAAUUAAAGAGGAAUUGUGUCAAUUCAUUAUCGAGCUACAGGUUUUGUGAGGUUAUAUAGCAUAUUUAGAAGAUAGAACUAGAAUGUGUUGAAAUACAUUUUGAUUAGCAUUUUUGGAGGUUAUUAGAAAUGUGUAGAUUUUUUGUAAAGGCAAACAUUUUCAAGUAUAUAUAUAAAUACUCAAAAAACUGCUGAAAUUAGAAGUA